AUGUCGCUCGCGGCCGUCGCCAGUAACCCCUCUCUUCUCUCAUGUUUAAGUGGGAAAAACCCUAGUUUCAGCUUCAAAACUUUGCUUCAAUUCCAACUCGCGUCCUCUUCACAAAAUCGCUCUAAGCUUGAUGUUUCGCUCUCCGUCGCUUUCAAUCCUUCGGGAAAUUUUGAUCUUUCUUUAACUGGAGCUGCUGAAGAUACCCAGAAUGUUGCACCUCCACUGCCUUCAACUGAGGGGCGCAUUGAAAUUGUCAUUAAUAAUGACAUCAUUCGACAACUUGAUUUGUCCCCCAUUUUUACAAUCAAUGGAGCUAAGCCAACAUUGAUUUUAGAGAAGACAGUUGGUUUCACCAUCAAUUAUGAAAGGGAAGACCCAUAUGACAAUCGUGAGCUAUCAGAAUUUCCUGAUAUUAGGCUUUGGUUUGUGAGGCAUGAUGCUUUGUUUCCCUGGUUUUUUGUAGUAUUGGACUGGAGAGCUGGAGAACUUGCUCGAUAUGCGGCAAUGCUUGUUCCUCAUCAGAUGAGCAUGACAAAAGGCAUCGUGUUUAACCCAGAGGCUCUGGAGUUGUUAGUGCUGAACAAGGUAUUUAUUGUGCAUGCCUGGUUGAAGCAGCAAAAGAUCCCAAAACCUGAGCCGAAGACAAGUGACAUGGCCAGAAUGCUUGGCUUUGGAAUAGGGGAGGAGUUCUUUAACUUGAUUGAAAAGCAUCCAGUGAACAUAUCAUAG